UUGCGUAAUAAGUCAAGGUCAAGCACCGUAUCAACGGAACAGAGAUUACCGGAUGAGGUAUCAAAUUGGGUGGAAUUUGAUAAAGAAGUAUUAGAGUGGCGUCCGGAAGUCGAUAAGAAAUACCAAGAAGCAACGUUUAGCCGGCGUCGUUUGGUCACUUGUGAAAAGGACAUCUGUACGGCAUCAGAUGUAAACAUACAUGAGACCUUAACUCCCCUUGAUCAUUCAAUCCUUUUCUUGGAUGGUCGUGCUUUGGAGA